AUGGUGAAGAAGAAGGCAGGGCGGGAGAUCAACCCGGCGGAUGCCCACCGGAAGGCCGAACGCGCCAAGGAGAUUGCGCGCAACAAGAAGGAGCGGCAGCUGCAGCGUGCGGCGCUGAAGCAGCGGCUGAAGAAGAAGGCGCUGCAGCAGGCAUACGACCUGGCGAUCAAGCGCAAGAUGGAGGAGGAGGCGGCAGCGCGCAUGGGAGGCCGCGGGCUAGAGGAGAUUGCGGCAGAGCCAGUGGGACGGCCAGAGGAUUCGGAGCUGUCCCACAUGCCACCUCUGUCGGGCAGCUACGAGGCCGACCAGCAGCUGCGCAAGGUGGGGCAGGGUGCGGUGAUUAGCGGCAAGAGCACAGUGGUGCCACUACCCAAGGCGCAUGAGGACAAACGAGGUUUUGGGCUGGUGCCAAGGAUGCUGCAGCCCCAGCGGCCAGCGGCGCCUGCGGCUGGAGCGGCCCCGGCAUCGGUCGACGACCGCGUCAAGGAUUUCCUGGCAAGCUUGGCCGGCCUGUGA